CCAGUCUCCGACCAUCUCUUUCUAUGCCUCUAUAGAUUUCCGUGUUCUUUCUUUGCCCUACAUACGAGAAGGGCGGAAAGGAUGCUUGGGGAUAGGGCAGAUCCUCAGGUCAUUCUGGAUGCUUUGUACUAGGUCCCGUACUCAGGUCGUCCUUACCUCUCGCCUAGGAAUUUAAUCUUCAAUUUCAUGGACGGUCAAGAGUUGAUAACAUUCAUAUAUACUUGCGCUGUGUUCUGCGGUGUUGUUCCUCAAACUGUGCCCCUAUAUGCAUUGUGUCUGACCUCCCUGUUACGGUUUAUCACGACCCACUGCAGUGGAGGAUUCGGAAUUGCAAUUUGUACUUGUCCCAUUGUUCAGUGCCGUCAUCUAAUAUGCGUCCCGCAGCUCAUUAAGGGAAAGAAGGGAAUUCACUUCUUUCAGGGAAGCCGGAUAGGGGGAAGGAAGAAAACAAAAGACUCAACUCAAUCCCAUGGCGCGCUCCCAAAACCGUCUCGCUCGAGACUCACCGCUUCCAUCGAGCGCGCAGCGCUUGAAGACCGGAGACCAAGCGUCAAAUCAUCAAUCCGAGCGCAAUCCUCAUUAUACCCAUUCGAAGGUCCAUGGCUCUGCGGAUCUCGCAACACAUCCCAGCGAUGAUAGAGUGGUGCCAGUUCACUCGUCUGGAAUUCCUCCUACGUCCAAGGACACACGCUUUCCGCUAAAAGCACCUGACGGAUCGAAUUCGCCCAAAACCAAUGUCCAGGGUUGCGCCCAGAAGGACAAGAUCUAUAACGACUCAUUAGUUCGCGAGGAUAGCCUGACUACAAGUCCCAGUCCGCCGUUUGACCUGCUUGGGAACAGAGGAAAUGCCGCCAACUCUUCGCCGAAAAAUGCUAGUAUGGAAAGAGUGCAUACAAUGCCUGUGAACAGGAAGAUGUCUCGAGACCAAUCAUCAUCUGCGUCGUCGACGUUUCCGCGAGCGUCUGUCGAUAACGACGGCCCUGCAGCAUCCUCGAACGAUGAUAGGGAUGGGCGUCGAAAUGAUCAACCUAUCACUAGGGCAAUGACUCAGAAUUGCAUCCACCAUCGAUCGACUAGCGGAACUUCCGAAUUAUCGACGGCAAGUGGUUCCAGCAUGAGUAAACCAAACCCACACUAUGUUCACCCAAUGCGCCAAGCUCCUCGCACAUAUACGCCGCCUUUAAACCAAUCCUACCAGGCAUCUAUUGCAGAGAGCGAUAAUUCGGUCAGCGGAGGCCAUGUCGAGGAAGAGCCCGUGGCACAAUGGGGUUCGGAUAGCUUGCAUCAAUCCAUGCGUGGCUCAUCGGGACAAACGCCGCGCUUAUCAUUACAAAUCCAAGAGGAUCCAUUCACAAAACUCCAUGGCACCUCGCAAACAAAUCUUAGCGGCCGUCAGUCUUUCGGCUAUUCCAGAGACGCUGGGAGUCUUCUAGACACAGCUUCUCCAAUCUCAAGGUCGUCUCUGGAUUUUUCCUUUCGGUCCAGAACGAGGACCAGUAUGGAUCCUAUAUCUCGAGCGGCUACGGUGCAGGCGGCGCGCCAAGCAUUCGAAGAGAAAGAGGCAGCUAAAGCACGCAAAUUAGAGGAACAACAGUUGAAAGCAGAAGCAAGAGAAAUCAGGCGGAAGGAAAAGCAGCCCUGGAGGGUUUCUCUAAGGCAGGAUGAAGAAGGUUGGCAGAAGGAACGUUCUGAGGUCCACGGUAUCCCUGCUCCCUCUCGGUCUGCCUCGCAACCUGAACCGGCAGUGGAAACAUGGAAGCCCCAGCCGAAGAACACAUGGAUGCACUUCUUGACAUGGCUGCGAACCCGACUCUUCAAGAUAAGAAGAAGAAUCAAUUGAGUUAAAGCAUUCUCAUCCAGCUCUGUUUGGCGGCUUUGUGCUGGCGGCAAACAUGUCUUGUAGGAGUAGCCAGAGCUAACCAUGUAGGUAGGGAAUAGCUAAUGUAGCUAUAUACAAGAACAUACAAUUGGAUAUAGGUCCUGUCUACAUCGGAG